AUGGGUAAGUCAGUCAUAUUGCAUGGAUUUGCUACGGCUGAGCAACCAAAGGCUAUAAAACAAUUUCUGGAGCAAAUUUUGGGUAAAGGGGCUGUCAUUGAUGUGGGAGUUCAGCAAAAUGAAGGUUCAAGGGCCUAUGCAAUUGUACACUUCACAUCCAGUGAAGCUGCAGACACGAUCAAGUCCUUGGCUGAUGAACACCUUUGGUAUAAAAAUUCUUACUUGAAAGCUCGAGAUAUGAAUGAGGGACAUAGGAUUUAUGAUGUAAAGUUGCAUUUUGGUUUUCAAUUGUCAAAAAGAAGGUUUUCAUCACUAUGGACUCAGGAGAAUGUUUCUGUCAAGUUCGGAUUUGGACUAAGAAAAAUUAUCUUUUUUCUAUCUCAUCACUCUGUGGAAUAUAAGCUUCAGCUCCCAUACGAGAGCAUUAGGCUAGUUGAGCUACGCCGUCUACAAGACAAGAGGUUUAUCAUCAUUCAGUUAUUUGGUGUUCCUCGGAUAUAUUCGAAAGAUGUGCCUGAGCAAACCUUUUUUAGAGAUGACAAUGAUGUUCAGUGGGUUCAAGAAGUUGAUUUUACUCCAUCCUCUUGCAUUGGUCAAUCUACUGCUUUAUGUUUGGAACUUCCCACCACUGGUUAUCUUUUAGAUUUUCAGAAAGAUUUCGCUUACUAUAAAGAAACCGACGGGAAACUUGUUGUGAAUAGAGGUUCAACUUCCUCUUGCCAUUCUGAUCAUGUCCCUAUUGUAAGUCCACCCCAAGGAUUUAACUUGCCAUUUCGUAUCUUGUUUAAGAUUAAUAUCUUGGUUCAGCAUGGUUGUAUACCUAGGCCAGCAGUAGAUGCUAAAUUCUUUCAUAUGGUUGAACCACAUAGAAGAAAUAUAGCAUUUGUAGAACAUGCUCUUGAGACACUGUUUUACUCAAAACAAUGUUGCUUUGCACCUCAACAGUGGCUUAGAAAAGAAUACCAAAAGUAUAGCAUGGCUGCAAGACCUCCUAUGUUGCCUACCAUCAAUUUAAGUCACGGAUUGGUAUAUAUGUGCAGGGUUCUAGUCACCCCAUCUAAAGUAUAUUUCUUUGGUCCAGAGGUUGUUCUAUCCAAUAAUGUGUUACGCACAUAUCUUGAUGAUGGUGAGAACUUUAUUCAUGUUUCUUUUGUUAAUGAGGAUCUUGAAAAAAUACGUGCAACAGAUUUAUUUGCUCGAGCAUCUUUAGCGAAUACUGAAAGGCGUACUAGAGUUUAUCAAAGGAUAUUGUCAACUUUGAGAAAUGGCAUUUUCAUUGGAGAUAAAAAGUUUGAAUUUCUAGCCUUUUCUAACAGUCAAUUGAAAGAUAAUUCUUUGUGGAUGUUUGCAUCUAGACCAGGGCUAACUCCAAGUGAAAUCAGAGAGAGGUUGGGUGAUUUUAGUGCGAUAAGGAAUGUGGCGAAAUAUUCUGCUGGACUUGGUCAACCAUUCAGCUCCUCCAGGGAAGCUAUGUAUGUUGAUAGCAAUGAAAUUGAAGUAAUUCCUGAUAUAGAAGUUGAAAAGGGGGGAGUCAAAUAUGUUUUCUCUGACGGCAUUGGGAAAAUAUCAGCUAAAUUAGCUCAUAUGGUGACUAGAAAAUGUGGCUUCAGAUAUGUUCCAUCCGCCUUUCAGAUUCAAUAUGGCGGGUACAAAGGUGUCGUAGCGGUUGAUCCAACUUCAUCAACAAAGUUAUCAAUGAGACCAAGUAUGUCCAAAUACAAAUCAGAGAAUGUUAGUCUUGAUAUUUUGGAAUGGAGCCAGUAUCAGCCUUGUUAUCUUAAUCGUCAAUUGGUGAUACUUUUGUCGACUCUAGGUAUUAAGGAUAAUGUGUUUAAGAAGAAGCAGAAAUAUAUGAUUUCUCAAUUGGAUAAAAUUUUAAUAGAUCCAUUAAAGGCUCAGGAAACACUUAACUUGAUGUCUUCAGGAGAGAUCAAACAUGUACUGAAAGAUAUGCUUCAUUAUUAUUCUAAGCCACGUGAAGAACCAUUUCUUUCAAUGAUGUUACAAAUAUUUCGCUCGUCAGCAUUGAAAGACUUGAAAACGAAAACAAGAAUCUUUGUCCCAAAAGGACAAACAAUGAUGGGUUGUCUCGAUGAGACAGGAAUCUUGAGAUAUGGUCAGGUGUUCGUGCAAUGUUCAAGUCACCAGACUAAUCAAAGCAGAAUUUUAGAGCAAAUGGUAAUCGUUGUGAAAAAUCCAUGUCUACAUCCUGGAGAUGUUCGUAAACUAAAAGCUGUCAAUGUUCCAGCCUUGCACCACAUGGUGAAUUGCAUAGUAUUUCCAGCUAAAGGAAGGAGACCCCAUCCUAAUGAAUGUUCGGGGAGUAAUUUGGAUGGAGAUAUCUACUUUGUUUGUUGGGAUGGUGAUCUAAUUCCUCGUCGCAUGUAUCCACCUAUGGAUUAUAAUUCGGCACCACCUAAGAUUCUUGAUAAUGAAGUUACAAUUGAGGAUGUGGAGGAGUAUUUCGCAGAUUACAUGGUCAAUGAAAACUUGGGAAUGAUUUGUAAUGCCCAUGCUGCAUUUGCAGAUAAAAGUCCUUUCAAGGCAAUGUGUUGGCAAUGUAUUCAGCUUGCAAAGCUAGCCUCCAUUUCUGUCAACUUCUCAAAAACCGGAGUACCUACUAAAAUCCCUCAACAUUUACAAGUUAGAAGUUUUCCAGAUUACUUGGAAAAGCUUGAAAGCGAAUCCUAUGAAUCGCAAAGUGUGAUUGGGAAACUUUAUCGCAAGGUAAAAGAUCUUAUGCCAAAGUUGGGUACUCUCAAAUCCUUCACUACUGAUUAGGCGAGGCAAUUUUAUGAUCUUGACAUGGAAGUGGAGGGCUUCAAGGACUACAUUGAUGAUGCUUUUUAUUACAAAAGUGAGUAUGAUUAUAGAUUGGGAAAUCUGAUGGACUAUUUCGGGAUAUCAACCGAGGGUGAAAUACUCAGCGGUCGAAUAAUGAAAAUGGCGAAACCUUUUAGUAAGAAAAGGGAUUUGGAAGGAAUCAAAUUGGCUGUGAAGUCAUUGAUAAGGGAAGCCAGGGAAUGGUUCAACAAGAAGGCAAAUAAAUUUGAUGGUCCUGAGAAAGUAUACAUGAAAGCAUCAGCUUGGUAUUAUGUUACAUAUCAUCCGAGUUUUUGGGGUCGAUACAACAAGGGACUAAAUCGCAAGCAUUUCCUUAGUUUUCCAUGGUGUGUUCAUGAUAAACUUCUUAAGAUCAAGGGAGACAGACAGAGUAUUAUGAAGAUCUCGUUUGUCUCUUGAUAUCAUUUGAAGAGAGAUGCCUUGACAAGAGUACUUCAUUAUGUGCAUAUAUAUGUUUAUUUGUAGAAUUAUUCAGUUUGA